CACACCAUCAAGAACAAAUAACGGAAGCCCACGAAGAACUGGGAACGAGAAAAUGGCCGAGACCUCGUCCUCCUCCACCUUACUCACCCGCUUCAAAUUCCAAAAGGUCCUCAACACCGACCAACAAGGCCGCCGCAUCAUCCUUCAAGGCACAAUUUCCGGCGAACCAGCCCUCCUCCUCGCAGAAAGAGGCGCCUUCCCCACUCCAAGCACCGCCACCUCAGACCAAGACGAAACAAACAAGUCCAUCACAGCCUUCUAUUCCUCUUUCUCCCGACUCCUCAGCCACGUCCAACUCCUUGGCGAAAAUGAUAUUUAUCGCUGGUACCUCGCCCAUUCCCUCCCGGAAAACAGCGCAGAUGAGCCGACGCCGCCGGAUUUGAAGAUUAACUUGAUCUGGCCUGCGACGGAAAAGCAUUUUCGAAAAUAUGCUUUCCAGCAAACGCGGGUUGUUCUGGAGACGAAGGAGAUUUAUGAAAAGUGGGUAAGGAAGUACAUGGAGAUUUGUCGGGAAGAGGGGAGAUUGAAUUGGGUGUUUAACAUUAUUGAGGGAAGGAAGGAGCAGGAGGAUGUCUUGUAUCGGAGUUCGGAAUUGGAUGCUGCGAAGGGCGAUGAUGAUUUUCUGUUAUUGCCGGAUCUGAAUUGGGAUCGCAGGACUUUGGGAAGUUUGCAUCUCUUAGCUCUCGUCGAGAGGAGAGAUAUUUGGUCUGUGAGGGAUUUGAAGAAGAAGGAUGUGGAGUGGUUGAAGAAAUUGAGGAGCACGAUUGCCGAGGCGGUGGAAGGGUUGUAUCCUGGGGUGGAGAGGGAUAUGCUCAAGUUUUAUGUGCAUUAUCAGCCGACGUAUUAUCAUUUUCAUGUGCACGUUGUGCAUGUGAAUUUGGAUGCUACGGGAACGCAGGCUGUGGGGAAGGCCUUGGGGCUGGAUGGAGUCAUUUCGCAGUUGGAGAAUAUGGCGGGAGGCGAGGAAGCUGGGAUGCAUCUGCUGGAUCUGAGCUACACGAUUGGGGAGUCGAGUGAGCUGUGGCAACAGAUCUUCUUGCCGCUCAAGGAGGGCCGAGAACCAACCGUGGGCGCUUGAAGACUUAUCAAAUGGCAUCGUUUAGUGCUACCACGACCCUGGCCACGAUAGAGUCACGGCAGUACCGACCCCAAGGACAUCGGGUCACGAAAUCUUGUACGCCUGGACACAUGUUUGGGCAAGCAAUCAUGUCAUCUGGAGCCACAUAGAGCAACAACACAUUCACAGCGACCAUGAAAUCCUGCGC